ACAUGUUCCGUUUCGUUACAUUAUUGGCUGUUGUCAGCUGUGCUUUUGCCGGCAUUCUUCCUGGGGAUUUGGAUGGCCGUAUUGUAAAUGGUGUUGAUACCACCAUUCAGGCUCAUCCCUAUCAAGUGUCUUUGCAAACUAACCGUGGUUUCCAUUUCUGUGGUGGUUCCAUCAUUAGUGAAGAUGUUGUUGUUACAGCUGCCCAUUGUAUGCAAAGAUACAAGGCUAGUCAAUUCAAAGUACGUCUCGGUUCCACUGAAUACAAUAAGGGUGGUGUUUUAGUUGCCGUUAAAGCUUUCAAAUACCAUGAACUUUACAAUCCCGAAACCAUGGUUUAUGAUGUUGCUGUCAUUAAACUAGCCGCUCCAGUACGUGAAUCUUCCAGUAUCCGUUAUGUUAAAUUGUCUGAAAGGACACCAGCUACUGGUACUACUGCUGCUGUUACUGGCUGGGGUGCCUUGUGCGCCGGUUGCAAUGGAACUCCCGAAAUUUUGCAAGAAGUUGAAGUUGAUGUUAUUGAUGCUGAUCUCUGCGCUUCUCGUAAAUACAGAUACGGUAAGGAAAUCAAGGAAACUAUGUUGUGUGCUGCUGCUUUGAAAAAGGAUGCUUGCCAAGGUGAUUCUGGUGGCCCAUUGGUAGCCCACAAUGAAUUGGUUGGUGUUGUUUCCUGGGGUAGAGGUUGUGCUGUUGCUGCUUAUCCCGGUGUAUACUGUGAUGUUGCUACUGUCCGCAACUGGAUUUUGGAAACUGGCAGAAGAUUGUAAACUUUUUCAGGAGUUGAAUUUUUUUAUGUUUUUAAUCUUAUUUUCAAUAAAGUUUCUUUAAAUUAAAGUUUAAA